GAUCCGAGUUUUGAUAGUUUCCUAGUUGAUUUCCUGCAGAGAUCGCAAAAUGGGUUCUUGGAUAAUUUGUUCUCCACGCUGUCAUGCGUUGUGUCCGUUCCCUUCUAUACAGUAUUUCUCCCCAUUCUUUUCUGGAGUGGGCAUUCCAAAUUGGCAAGGCAGAUGACCUUAUUGAUGGCUUUCUGUGAUUACAUUGGGAACUCAAUAAAGGAUCUCGUAUCAGCUCCUAGACCUAGUUGUCCUCCUGUGAGGAGGGUAACUGCCACUGCAGACGAGAAGGAGAAUGCCAUGGAGUAUGGUUUGCCUUCUUCACAUUGUCUGAACACAGUUUGUUUGUUGGGAUAUUUAGUAUUCUAUAUCCUGAUAUAUUAUCCACAAAGAGAUGGAAUUGAGAUUGCAAUUUUGUUCGGGCUAGUAUGCUUGCUUGUCUUUCUAAUUGGCAUAGGAUCGGCAAGUUUCUUUACUAUCUGUAUCAGGAUCUUGGUCAAUUAUCCCAUCAAUUUAAUGGUUAUGAAUAUUGAGAUCAAAAAAGCUGAGCAAAUAAAUAAAAUUAUGUUUCUUAUAAUCGAUGAAGCUGACCGAAUAUUGGAGGCUAACUUUGAGGAAGACAUGGAGAAAAUAUUUAAGCGGCUGCCAAAGACAAGGCAAAUUGCUCUAUUUACAGCUACUCGAACUAAGCAGGUUGAGGAUUUUGCGAACUUGUCAUUUAAGGAAAAGCCUGUAUAUGUAGGUGUUGAUGAUUGAAGGUCGAAGGUGACCGUCGAAGGGUUGCAGCAGGGCUAGUGUGUCGUGCCUAGUAAUAAAAGGUUUCUGGUCUUGUAUGCUUUUCUUAAGAGGAACCUUUCGAAGAAGAUAAUGGUCUUCUUCUCCUCAUGCAAUUCGGUCAAGUACCAUUCUGAGCUUCUCAGAUACAUUCAUGUCGAUUGUCUCGAUAUCCAUGGAAAGCAGAAGUAGCAGAAACGAACUAGUACAUUCUUUUAGUUCUGCAAAGCCGAAAAGGGUAUAUACUGCUCUGCACUGAUGUUGCUACUCGUGGACUUGAUAUUCCUGCUGUGGAUUGGAUUGGCCAAUAUGAUCCUCCUGAUGAACCAAAGGUAAGAGAAUUGGAGAAUCAAUUAAAUGGUGAGAGGACAACCAAGAAGGAUGUUGCAAAGUUCUCAAAGCCUCCUUGAUGGAAGCCUCCUUUACAAAGAAUCACCAAUCAGUUGUCACCCUCAGGAAGAAUAGUUAUGUGUAAUUUGUAGAUACUAACUUGAUGUGCACAAUAUUUAUUAUCUUUUUAUGUUGUAAGAAGAAUAUUUAUG